AUGUCGUCUAGGGUUACCUCCUUACGUAGGAGUCAAGUAGUCCGUGCGGCAACUCAGUCUCCCGUCCUACGGGACCUUCGACAUCUCGACUCCAUUCCGCGGUGGUGGCUGAAGAAGGCUACGUUUGCUGACCCUUCGCCCAAGGUCGUCAAGCAGAAGGACCGUAUCAAGUGGUGGAAUAUCGUGCCGGGGGACCAGGUCCGCGUUCUGGGAGAUAGAGAGAGUACUAUACGGGAGGUCCUUAGUAUAAACCGGUUCAGUAACAGGGUCUACCUGAAGGGCAUCAGGAAUGAGGGAGAGUCCUCGCAGCAACCACCGCGGUCAAUCAACGUACAUUACUCUAAAUGCCAACUAUUCAUCGGGAAGCACGAGUUCCCGCCAGUGGACGGGUCGACAGAAACUCGAAUCCUCCCUGUCUUUGCUACGCGGCUGGGCACCAGCAAACCGACGUGGAACGUCGUAAAACACUGCUGGGAAUGGAAGCGUUUCGCGGUGAACACGACACCGCGUCUUCCGCACUGGUCUAAGGAGAUCGCGGCAGACUUGAGUGACAGAGUCCAAAUACCUUGGCCAGAGAAGGAGCCCGAGGAAAAGGCACCACCGACUGACUACGACACAAAGGCGGAGGUCGUCGCGGAACUCACGUACGAACCUUCGCCCAUUACUACGAGGUUACUAGACCCCGUGCCGCGGCAACACUUGCAAGGGAAGCAGGAGAGGAAGUAUCUCAACUCCGUGUUAAACCCCGGAGCGCCGUUCGACAAGACCGCAGCCAUGGAGGUGCACGUCGAGCAGGAGCUCUCGCCUAUCCACUCGCGGGCGAAGAAGCAAAAGCGCUGGCAGGAACUGCAGGCGUACAGGCGCCAGCUCCUGCACGACUACAUCGCGGCGGAGAUGGCGCCGGAGAAGAUGCGCAAGCACAAGACGUCGAAGGAAGCGCGCGCGUGGGCCGUGUUCAAGUGGAGAGAGAAGAUGCAGGAGAUGCAGAAGGCGGAGAAGCAGCGCAGGUGGGUCAACCGCGGGGCGCAGGCCCGGUUGAUCAGGAAGCAGGCGAGGAAGGCGAAGAAGGCGGCGAGGGAGGAGAGACGGCUCAAGGAGUUGAGCCUUGCGGUGGCGGACAACCAGAUCAUACCGGAAGGUGUGCCGACACGCUCUCCUCAACCGUAG